AUGAGACUGCUUGGUUGUGAGACUCAGAGAAUGGAAGAAAGUCUGUCAACUUCUCCACGGUUAGUCCGAAGCCCGGGCAACUCUAACAGAGUCCAUAGCAUUGAAGCAAUCUUGGGAUUUAAAGACGGGAAUAUGUUUCAUUCGACGUAUGUUUAUAAUGGAUCACCUCGAGUUGCUCCGGAUGCACACAGAGGCCACACUCCUGCUGUCUCGCCGCUUCGGAAGGAACACAACUCAGAAACUUUUCAGAGUAAGUGUCUGAACUCUGUCAUGUGCGUUGUUCUCUUACCAAAUUCUGCGGUCAGUUCCGUGACUGAUGGAGACUGUAAACUAUCAGAUGAUGAAAAUCCGAAGAAAAAACACCGCAGGAAUAGAACCACGUUCACGACCUUUCAGUUGCACGAACUUGAGCGUGCCUUCGAGAAGUCGCAUUACCCUGACGUAUAUAGCAGAGAGGAACUCGCGCUCAAAGUCAACCUGCCAGAGGUCCGCGUGCAGGUGUGGUUCCAGAACCGCCGAGCUAAGUGGCGUCGUCAAGAGAAGCUGGAAGUGAGCUCCAUCAAGCUCCAAGACUCUGCCACCUCCAUGCUGUCUUUCAGCCGCUCAUCACCCCAAGCGCUGGGCUCGGGCCUCAGCCUGGAGCCGUGGCUCAGCACCCCCCUCUCCAGCUCAGCGUCCCUCCAGUCGCUACCUGGCUUCAUGGGGCCCCAGCAAGGCCUCUCGGGCAGCUACACACCCCCACCCUUCCUCAGCGCUCCAUCGCUGAGCCACGGCCUGCCCCACAUCGGCAGCAUGUGCCCCCCGCCUCCUUACCAGUGCUCAGGCUUCAUGGACAAGGUGUCACUGGAGGACUCAGACCCCCGCAACACUAGUAUCGCAUCACUGCGCAUGAAAGCCAAAGAGCAUAUUCAAUCCAUUGGGAAGACAUGGUGA